AUGGGAAGCGCUCAGAGGAUUGUACUAGAAAUACGAUGGCCGCCGCCUUACGUUAUCUCUGAAAACACACAGAGGAGAGAGUGAAUGUGUGCGAAAAUGGCUCCAGUUACACUGACACUCUGUGUGAUAUUCACUGCGUCUUUAAAAUCUUGCUUGUCUGAUGAUGGCCAUGAAAUGGAGGAGUUUUUAAAGAGAGAAUAUUCGUUGUCGAAGCCAUACCAAGGAAUCGGCUCUUCCGGCUCUUCGCACUGGGAGCUGAUGGGUGAUGCCAUGGUAACCACUGAUCAGGUGCGCCUUACUCCGGAUCUGCAGAGCAAGCAGGGGGCAGUGUGGAGCCGCAUACCGUGUCACUUGAAAGACUGGGAACUGCAGGUACACUUUAAGAUCCAUGGUCAGGGGAAGAAGAACUUGAAUGGAGACGGUCUGGCCGUGUGGUACACAAAAGAGCGCAUGCAGAAAGGUCCAGUGUUUGGAAAUAGAGAUUUCUUCACAGGGUUAGGAGUGUUCGUAGAUACUUACCCUAACGAGGAAAAACAUAUAGAGGCUCAGAAGAAAAGGUACACCCCUCGCACACAGAGGAUCUUCCCGUACAUAUUAGCGAUGGUGGGGAACGGCACGAUCAGCUACGAUCACGAGCGUGAUGGCCGACCCACGGAGCUGGGCGGUUGCAACGCCAUGGUGCGCAACCUCAAACACGACACCUUCAUCUUCAUCAGAUACGUCCGGCGCAGACUCACGAUCAUGAUUGAUAUCGAUGGUCAGCAUGAAUGGAGGGACUGCCUGGACAUCCCGGGUGUGCGGCUACCUCAGGGCUACUACUUCGGCGCCUCGGCCAUCACCGGAGACCUCUCGGACAACCAUGACCUCAUCUCUCUGAAGCUGUACCAGCUGACAGUACUCCGGAGUAAACUAGAGGAAGACGAUGAGGAAGAGGUCACAGUUCCAAGUGUGGAUAAUAUGGAGCUAAUCAGGAACUACCAGGAAGGGGAGGGAAUGAGCAGCAUUGCUAUCUUCUUCACCGUGCUCUUCUCCAUGCUGGGCCUCUUCCUUCUCAUCGUUGUGGGCCUUGUGGUUUACAGCCACUGGAACGAGAGCCGACGCAAACGCCUCUACUGAGCUCUCAGCAGGUUGAGACUGCAUGUAGAGCUUAUGGAUUGGGCUCAGUGGGUUCAUGAGCUCCAAAACACCCCCCAUGUCAGUGCACACUGAACAAAUGGGUUUGAUUUUAUGCAGGAAGGAAGGAAGGAUGAAAGACUCAACCAUGAGAUCUAAGGAGUUUUAAACACUAAGAGCAAAGCAAUGUGGGAAAUGGGAUUCAACCCCAAACCAGCAGGGCCUUAAAAGUUUGAAAGUAUUUCUCGUAUAAGAUAAAUGCAUUUUAAGUGUAAAUAGAAAACUGCCUUUGACUGUCUUUUUCCACUACAGCUCCAAUAUUUAUAAUUUAAUUUAAAUUAAUUUUGUUUUGCAUUGUAUGCCAGGUUGUUAGGCAAACCAAUAUCCACAAAGGAUUAAUUAAAUCCAUAUGUUGUGAUCACCAUGCUGGAUUUUUAGAAAACUUGUAAACAAAUAUCAUGCAAUUUGACCACUAGGGGGUGCUAUGCCACUUAAAAAACAUUUCUGGUUCUCAGAAAUGGCUGUUUGAUUGGAAUUUUAUACAAGUGUGUUUUUAAGAAACUUCAUCAGUGGCAGAUUUCAGUAGAUAUUUGACAAAUAUUUAUCCAAUUCAUUGUCCCAUAUUCACAAAUAUUGACAGGCCGAUAUGCCUACAAGCUGCAGCAUUAAAGUUUAUCAACUAUGGUACCAACAAAAAUGUUUGUUGGCAAAGGUUUUUAAAAUUGCAUUAACUAUAAAAUGACAUGAAAAAAUUGCAUUGUGACAGAUGAUUUUAAUUAAAAUUGUUGACAAAAAUAUGUAUCCUCUGUGAAGUCGCACCCUUUAAUGGUUAUAAAAACAAAACAAAAAAAAUCAGAAAAAAAUGGAGCAGAAAUAAACUCAGAAAUGUUUCGUUCAAGCGUACAAGUAUAGCGCAGGUGCCACCGAGUGAUUGAUGGGGUUUUAAAAUGUACUGUUUCAAUUCUUACAAACCUGUGAUAUUAUGGCAAACAAAUAGAAACCUUUUUCCUUUUCUGAUUACACUGACUUUACAGUGGCAGUGUUUCGCAUGUAGUUAGUCUCACGUGUGUUCACGUGUGUUCCUGUGUUGAAUGUUGGGUUUGUGAACUCUGCACUGACUGUAUGAAAACCUCAGCUACUGAAGGAAACCUUCAUUUAUUGUGUAACAGUAUUUUAUUAAUAAAAAAAAGUUUUGUUUGAAA